AUGGUCCAUCCAAUUCAUUUCACUUUGCAACAUACAGACAAACAGAGUAAUAGAUCUAUAGUCGAUAUUAUUCUGUUGUUUACUUUCGGUAAAUGUGGAAACAUAACGAUAGAGUUAGACUGUCUAGAUCGCAAUACCCCUCAGUGUACCUAUGAACCUUCUGCACAGACCAAGUCUGUAGAAUUUCAUGUUGUAGACAUCCAGUUACUGCCUUUGUUUAGUUUCCAGACUUCCAUAGAUGUUGUCCUUGUUAAACUCACACAUGCUGUCACUUCCAAUUAUGUAUCCUCCAUGCUUAACAAAACAGCCGUGCUGAAUGAAUAUUCCCAGGUUUUCAAGGGCAUUGUCUCCAUUCCAGGGCAAUGUUCUAUAUAUCUGAAACAUGAUGCUAAACCUGUGGCAAGGAACUCAGAUUCCUGUACCAGAUUUGUCCAGAUUUCCGAUCGAGGUACAGACCCAUCCCUGACAGACACUGUAGAUGUCCAGGUAAAUAUUGUGAAAGAAAGCUUACCGCACGUUAGUAAAGAUAUGUACUGGCACUAUAUGAUAGAGUUAGCCUUCUACUGGAGUCUCGUCUUCACCUUGUUCUCCGAUAAUAAACGCAAGGACUUUAAGGAGAUGAUUAUUCACCAUUUUGCCACUAUUGUGUUGAUGUAUUUCUCAUGGGUUCUCAACUUUGUUCGGGUAGGAACGCUCAUGCUUGUCGUGCACGAUGCAGCAGACAAUUGGCUUGCAUUGGCCAAGAUGUCUAUAUACGCAAAAAACAAGACAGCUACUGAUAUCUUCUUUGGCAUAUUCCUUUUAGUGUGGGUACUGUCAAGACUGAUUGUGUAUCCCUUCGUUGUGCUGUAUUGUACCACUGUUGAAUCAUUCACUAUUGGAUUGAUAGAUUCUACAUUUUGUGCUCAUCAGUUUUUCAACUUCUUCCUCUAUGUUCUGUUGGUGCUACACUGUAUAUGGACUUACAUGAUCUUUAGAAUUGUCUACAGAAAAAUGGUGAAAGGAAAUGUCGAGGAUGUGCGAAGUGACUCUGAAGACUCGGGUGAAGAGUCAGACAAUGAAGAUGAUAUAGAUGAUAUUGAUCAUAAUAAAACAGAACAGAUUAAAGAAAAUGGCAAUGGAAAACUCGCGAAUGGUCCAGUGAAGGCAUCUAAUGGUACAAAAAAAAUGGAACUGCGGAAAGAAAUGGAAUAUGAAUGCUGUCAUGUGGGCAAGGAAAUGCCACAGACUGACAACAGAGAUUAAUUGAAGAGCGUUUACUCGCAGAAGCAUUUAAUACAGCUGAAACUAUAACGGAAGAUAGUGUAAUUUAGAUAAAUGUGUGCAUGAGACGAGUUAGAUGCAAACUUAAAUAUGCUUUGUUUCCCUUCUCAUUAACUACACACAAAAAACUGGCGCUUCCCAAAAACCUUUUGUUCAGCGAUGUUGUUUUUGGAAUGAGUAUAGAAGAUUAUCAAUUCAUUUUUGUUAAACGGGUGAUAUAUAUUACCAAUGUUUUACAGAGCUGAUUAGUGAAAAUUGAUGUUUCUUAGCUAUGAUAGGGACACAUUAAUUUAUACCUCGCAAAUCAUGUUUUUUAAUGGUGGGAAACAAUAAUUCUUUUGAGAAACAAGAUAAAAAGAUUAAUGAUGUAGCAAAACUAACAGUCUACCAUGGUGUUUCUGUUAAUGUCACAGUCCCAGUUUGAAUUUGUUGUAGCAUAAUACACCACUCCCCGGUCUGAAUCAUUUAUUACGAGCCGAGUAUGAGAAAAUAAUCAUCAUUGUGAUGGGCAAACAUUAACGUUAAUUUAAUUUUUUAAUGGUCUUUUAUUGAUUUGCUUUACUCCGGUUUGUACAUGAAGCAUAUCUGUCAACCUUUCUGUAGAUAUUUCUCAGUCGGUUAUGUAUCUUUUUAUACGUUUUUCAUUGAAUAGGGACCAGAAAUGUUAGAAUAUAUGUCGCAGUGUACAUGCUUUUCAUAUGACACAAGUGUAUGCUUUAGCAACAUUUACUUAUUUGAAACAGUAGUAUGUUUUGAAAAACCUUUGAACUACAUGUAUUUUUCAUUGA